AUGUCCGAACUAUGCCCGCCCGGGUCCGUUGCAUCAUUCAGCUGCCCAAUCUCUCUGUCGCGACGGACGAAUGUGGAGCUGCUGUUUUGGCAUUCUCUGAGCUAUCUCCGGUCGAAUGGGGGGGCCAUCAGGAUAGUUGCCUGGACUCCGAUGGGGCUAUCUGGCGUGACCACGCAGCAGUAUCCCGAGCGGAGGGAACGAACAGUGGAGGAUGAAAGGAACGAGGCGUAUCGCGGCGUGGACUGUGAGACGCUGGGGAUGACCUAUCCAAAGAAUGCUGAGAGCGAGACCGGCCUGGAGCACGUGUCCUGA